AUGAAUAAAUAUAAAGAUACUUUAAAAACUAAAUUUGAGUAUAAAUAUUUAUUUUACUUUGCCUCUUUUGUAUCCAUCAAUUUAGGUAUUUGCAAUGAAUAUAUUAAAAAAAAAAAGUUGGCUUAUAAAAAUGUAUCUCAUAAAAUAUAUUUCGAUUUAAGUGAAAAGAAUUUUGAAUUUUUGGAUAAAAAUAAAUACUUAUAUAGAAUUGAAAAAAUAAAUGAGUAUUUUGAUUUACCAAAAUCCAAAUUGUUAGACGCAUGUAAUAAUUAUUUCCCAGUGGAUUAUCAUUUACAAUAUGUAAGUAAUAUUUUUGAAAAAAAAAAAGAUGAAUUAAAUAAUAUAAUGGAAAAAGAAAAGAAGAGUAUGUCUAUUGAUGAGUUGAUAUGUGAUAUUAUAAACUAUUUAGAAUCUGUAAUAAAUGGGAAUAUAAAUGUGGAUAACCAUAGAUUUAAUCAUAAUAAUAUAAAUAUAUAUAAUAAGGACCACAUCAUCAUCAGCAACAUUAACAUAAACAACAACAUAAACAACAACAUAAACAACAACAUAAACAACAACAUAAACAACAACAUAAACAACAACAUAAACAACAACAUAAACAACAACAAUAAUAAUAAUGAUGACAUUUCCUUAGAUAAUAAAUGUAGUGGUGGGGGUAGCUUCUUAAAAAAUUUAAAUCUUAGUUAUUUUAAAGAUUUUUUAGUAGAGAGGAAAAAAAUAAACCUAGAUGCAUUAUUCAAUGAUAAUUCUUUAAAUGUUUUAUUUGAUGAACUUUAUACAUAUACUUAUAUAUACUUAUUAAUUAAUUAUAAAAGGAAUAAUUUUUUUGAUUUUAUAAAAAUGAAAAGAUCCUAUAGACAUUGUAGCGAACAUGUGGGGAAAGAUAUUGGCCUAGAAGUUCAUAAUUAUAUAGGAUUAGGUAUAAAAGAUAAUAAAUUAACAAUAUUAAAAGAAGAACAAGAAGACGAAGAAGAAGAAAAAAAAAUAAUAAAAAAUAAAAAAUAUAAUAAUGAUAAUAUUAAUAUGAAGAAUAGUAUUAGUAAUAGUAAUAUUGAUAGUCCUAGCAAUAAUAAUAAUAAUAAUAAUAAUAAUAAUCAUGGUAAGCAAAUAUUGGAUAAUACAAAAUAUGUUUUAAAUAUAGAUACGAUAAACGAGAUACAUAAAAGCUUAUCUACAUACGGAAUUGUUGUUUUAAAAAAUGUGUUACCAAAAGAAAAUAUAAAGAGAUUAAAGAAAGAAUUGUUUGUACAAGAAAAAGAUAUAAAUAUAUCAUCAUUUUUAAUGAAUAAAGAUCAAAAUAUAUUUUGUAUACGUCCUAGUAGAGGUAGACAAUAUUGUAUCUUAAGAAAUAGUACGGUAAGUGAUUUGUUUGUAAAUUUACAACAAUAUUGGAUGAAUAUUGUAUAUUCUUAUUUAUCCUUUGGAACAUAUGAAAAUAUAUUUAAACACUUUGAUAAAAAGACAAUUUUUAAUUUAAAUAAUAUUAAUAAUUUAGAUAUAAAAAAUGAAAAAAACGAUAAAAUUUAUUUAUCUGAAUUACAAUUAUUAAAUAAUGAACCUUUAAGUGAUAAACAAACUUAUCAUGUUGAUAAUGGAUAUAAUGGAAUAUCGAUUAUUGUCCCACUUAAUAAAAUAAAUAAAGAAUCAGGAAAUUUCGAAUUUUUUACAGGAACACAUUUAUUUUCCUCAUUACAAAAUAAAAGUUUAAAACAUAAAAUUAAAACGUUUAAACAAUUUUUAAAGGUUUAUUAUAUAACAAAAGGAUCUUCUUUUAUACCUGAUGUAAAAGAACAAGAUUUAAUUAUAUAUGAUUCUAGAAUCUUACAUAGAGGUUUAUCAAAUAAUUUAUGGAUGAAAAAUUCGUCUUUAAUUUAUCGUUAUGAUUAUAAAAAAUAUCCUCCACCGGGACAAAAUUUUAUUGAUAUCUUUUCAUACAACAUAAUUGGAAAGUGCAUAUCCUUUUUUAACUUUUUAGAAAAAUAUAUAUAA